GAACGGGUAAGUGGCGCGCUGGAGUCGGCUGUUCUGGACGCGGCGGGGGAGCACGAGGAGAGGUCGUGGGCCGACACAUGCGGCGGGCGGGGUGAUAGUGGCAUGUGCUAGCCGGAUAGGGAAGGAGGCGGAUGGACCGAACAGGCAAGAGUGCGCCCUGCGCGUGAGAAUGCGGGCGAUGUGGACGCGAUAAGCGGCUUCUCGAUCAGAGCCUCCCGACGGCCGUGUGAGCGCAAAAUGACUCGCGUCCCCCGCUUUCCGCUUUCCAACAUUGCGCUCCGCCGCAAUGGUGUGCUCUGCGCGCCCGCCCUCGCCCUCUAUAUAACGGGCGGGAUCUGGAGGAGCGGCCUCAGCACGGCACUCCCGCCCGCCCUCUCCCGCCCUCCUCUCUAUCCCUCCACUCGUCCUCCGCUCCAAUAACACCUUGGCUACCAUGUAUCUGCCACCCACUCCGUCGUCGAGCCGCAGCCAGCGCUCCUGGGGAUCAGAGACGACGCUCGCGCCGCUCGUGAGCCCAAAGAGGCUGCCGGAGACGCCGCCGCCGAUGCCUGGCACGCCGGCCGCGCCAGCGACCCCGCGGCACCUCCAGCACCAGCCGCCGCCGCCCGCCCCGCGGCUCUUGCCGGUCGCGCUCCCGCGGACCCCAAGUUUCAACCCAGCUUAUGGACUGCCGACUCCGCCCAUGAGCCCCGCGCGGCCCCCGUGCUCUCUCGAACUGUUCCAGCUGCACGACGCGCUCGCGGCGCCGAGACCGCGCGUGCACUUCAACUUGAAGGACACCGUCCAGAGCAUCCAGUACCACCCGUCGUGCUCGCCGAACGACUGCGCGACCGCGCCCGCCGCGAGCCAGAUAUGCAUCAACGUCGUCGGCGUGUUCAACGUCAUCGUCUCGACGCCCGGACGCGCCGUGACGGUCGCGGACGUGGUCGGCAAGUUGGCGGUGGAGAUGGGCAGGGCGGCGAGCCCCGAGGAGCAGCGCUUUUUCUCGGGGGAGACUCAGCGCAGCGUUGGCGCUGCAGCGUCUUCGCGCUCGCGCGCUCACGGCAGCCCCUCCGUCAAAAGACGCGUCGACUACCUCGGUUCGCGCGUCGUCUUCGGUGGGCUCCAAGUGACGCAGGCCUCGGACACCAUUGUCUUCUGCGACCUUCGACUAGCAUGAGCGCGCUCUCGCUACUAUGCCACCCUUCCCAACAGCUCGCAAUGCUGCCGGACCGUCCACCUCCAAGCCCCGCAAAGUCACCCCUCCGGUACCAUAAUAUACAAAAUCCCCUCUUGGUCUUCUAUCGCCAGCUCCCUGCCGCUAUUAUUAUUUCUCUCCCCUCGCUUUCCUUUGUCAUCUACCUCGCUAUCGGUUCCUGCGUGGAAGCAAACUACGGACUUGCUAAACGGACAUGGCCUCGACCACGCGGACUUCUGUAUCCGUCCACCCCCCGCUGAACUCUCGCUUCCCACCUUGCUAUCUAUCGUCAAAUUGCUAGACCUCCUCCACUCUGUAGCGCUUGGCUUUUCCUCCCUCGGUUCUCCCUGCUGUCCCCUCGGUCUUGUGUAGCAUAUACUCAUGAUCUUUGUUGUUUGUAUACUACCGAAUCGAAUGCUCAGUUGAUCAUUUACAACGGUGGUGUGAUGACGU